AAAAUAAUAAAUAAAUAAAUAAUAAUAGUAAUAAUUAAGAGAUAGAGGUCAUAUAAUUGAAUAUAUAUUUUAUCCCCUUGUCCGACAACAGCGAUACUCUGUUUAUUAUAUUUAUUAUAUUACAACGAAUAAAUUUUUUGUUAAAUGAUAGCUCAGAAAAAAGCAAAAUCGAUCCGCAACAGCUUUUCUUAUUGUUCUUAUAGUUAUUUUAUAAAUAUAAAUUAGAACAAUGAGUACAGAAGUCAUGCGUUAUGUUUUACCAGAAUCUAAUGGAAAAUAUAAAAGAUCAUUUUCGGCGCCAAUCAAAAAAUCAAAUCCCAAUGAAAAUAUUCAUCAUACGAAUUUAGCAACAACUUUUCGGAUUCCUUGGAAAAAAAAUUCAAUUGAUCGUACAUCAAAGGUUUUAACAAAAUCUGAAUAUGAAUAUUUUCGUAACUGUGCAAUUGAGGGAUUUAAAACAGAGCAAGAAAAGCAUGAAAAUUUAUUUAAAAAUGAAAUCAAGAAAGAAAAUUUAUUGGCUGAAAGUAUAGCUCGUAAACAGAAAAUACAAAAAAUGGAUUUAGAAAAAUUAAAAAAAAAAACAAAUAAACUUGAUGAAUUUGAAGCGGAAACAAAGAUGCGAACUAUGCAUCUUCUUGAACGGGCAAAUAAUUUAAAACUGGAACAAGAAGAGGAAAUGCAAUUGUGCAAUAAACUGAUAUUAGAAACCAAAUGUCGAGCUAUUAGAGAUCUUCAGGUUGCAGAAAAAAAAUUAAUUGAAAAAGAAUUGAAUAAAGAGGAGAAACGAUUGAAUGAAAUGAUGGAAAAUGAAAGACGUUUAAAAAUACAAGAGGAAAAAAAAAAAGAAGAAGAAAUAGCUGGUAAAAGACGAGAAUUUGCAUCUCUUUUAAAACAUCAAAUAAUUGAAAAUGAAGAGCAACGAAUUAUUGAGUUUGAACGUAAGCAAGAAGAGGGUAAAUUAAUAAAUUUAAGUAAUAUUGCUUGGAUGGAUGAAGAAAUAAUAAAAGAAAAAAAAAGAAAAGAGCAAGGUGCAUUGAUAAGAAAAGAAUUGGCUGCCGAAAAUGAACGGCUUAUUAAAUUUAAAGAAAUGGAACGUCAAGAGAACCAAAUUAUAGAUAUAAGAAUAAAAGAAUAUCAGCGAAUGAAGGCUGAACGCGAUAAGGCAAUAGCACAAGCGCAAAAAGCCAUUGAAGAAAAAAAAAAUAAAGAACGAACUCGUGUAAUGAAACAAGCAAUGCAAGCCCACGAUUUUAAAUCUCAAAUCGAAGAAUUAAAUGAAAUUCGUAUUAAAGAAGAGGUAGAACGUGAAUGGCGAAAACGUGAAAAAGAACAAGCUAUUAAUAAAUUAAAGACACGACGGCAAUUUGAUCAAGCACGACAAGAUCAAAUAAAGUUUCGUAAAAUUGUUCAAGCUAUGGAAAUAGAACGUGACAAACGUGAAUUUGAUAAAAUAAUAGCUCAACAAAAAGAAGCGUUACUAAAAGAACAAGAAAAACGUAAACAGCAACAAUUACAAGCUCAAAGAUAUCGUAAUGAAAUAUUGAAACAAGUAAAUGAUAAAGAAAAAAAUAAAAAUGAGGCAAGAAGAAAAAUUUUUCAGGAGGGUAUGGCUAAUCGUGCAGAAAUUGAAAUGAGAGCAAAAAGACUUAGAGAAGCAAUGGAAAGAAAAUGUCAAGAAAUGAGAGAAAAUAAAGUACCCGAAGUAUAUAUCAACGAUAUUAAAAAUAUCAUUUCGAAAAUUAAAUAAUAACAAAAUUUGUUGUUUAUUGCAUUUUUAUUA